AUAUUUAUGGAUUAAUAAUUAGAAUAAGUGAGUGUUGAUAUUCAGAAAAUUGUAUAUAAAAAGGCAAUGUUACAUGCUUGUAAAUAUUCAACUGAAGAUGUGAUUGGUAUGGAUUAAUUAAAUGAUGUAGGAAUUUUGAUUGGGAAAAUUAAUGAUAAAAAUAUUAGUAUUGUUGAUGCAUAUCCUUUAUUCCAUUCAAGAGUUAGUUUAAAUAUUUUAGAAGUAUCAUUGGAUAUAGUAAAUGAAUAUGUAAAUAAUAAAAUUAGAUAUAAAGUGAAUUGCAAAGUGAUAUAAAGAUAAUUGGUAUCUAUGAGGCUAGAGCGAAUUCCAGAGGUAUUAUGAGUGAGAUUGCUUAAGAAAUGUUACAAAAUAUAAAUUAAAAAUAAGCAAUUUUGAUGAGAAUUUCACAAAUAGAGUUGGAUGAUUCUCUUUUAUUGAAUGCUAAAGUAGGAAUUUGUAAAUAUUAAGAUUGUUUCUUUGAAUGAAAAUAUGAAAUAUGUGAUUAAUUCUUCAAGUACUUUAGAAUGGAAGAUUAUUGAAGAUUGUUUAAAAGCAGGUCUUCAUUGGAAAAUUAUAGAUUUUGAUGCCCAUUUUGAGAAUGUAUAAUUAAAUUUCAGAAAUCAGUAUUUAGAAUGA